GAACACACCGCCCACCUCUCGCGCCAUCUUCUAACUGGUAACCGGCCAGAUCAAAACAGUGUGUGAAGCCUCAGUCAGUGCAGUCACAUUUUACUCUAAAACACGCUUAUACAGCUAAACACAACAAUGAGUGACGCUGAGAAUGGAAACUACGGAGGGCGGGUAAGUAAUGGCAUCGAAUAUUAGAAUUUCUCCUUUUCUUUGACCCUCCCGUUUGGCUGCCGACAGACAACAUAGAGAUUUAACAUGAGCUAAUCUGACAGCUACACCUGAGCUAAAACAGUAACAAAGACGUGGGCUAUGCACGCCGUCUUGCUGACAUUGAUAGUUUAAUAUAACUAAAUUAAUCUUCAGGAAAUGUCUUGAGCUAACUAUGUCCCUUAAAGAAUAUCGAGUGACUGCUUAAACCCAUGCGAAAGCUAUCUUAGAAAUCCCAGGGGACAGACAUGUCUUUUUUCAGUCUGUCCGUGAAUAUAGUCCUCCUCACACAAUGAAUAAUUCACUAAUGGCCCAGGUAGAACGCAGAUGACCUUGUCGCUGCAGCCUUUAGUGCUCCUUGGCUAACGUUACUUAUUUCCUGCUUGUGCAUUUUAUAAUGUUAGAAAUUCCUCACCAUGUCCUCAGCCACUUUCCCUUUCCUACUUUCACCCUCUUUUUUACAAUUUAAAACAUUGAUACAACACAUGAAAGCCUUAUACUUGUAACUAUGUUGUAAAUUUUCUUAUAUAUUUAUUUUGUGGUUAAUUUAAACUCAAUGUAGUUUAUAUGUAAUUGUACAGAGGCCCUAAGCAGACAUGCAUCCAUACAUUUUAUUCACUCUGCUUUCACUUUAUUCCAGUUGUUUUCUUGUAAUCCAGAGUAAUGUCAGCUGACAUGAACAUGAACAGAAACACAAACACAGAAAUGGGUUUAGCUUUUCUCAAAACUACAGCAGCAUGUUUUGUAGUGAUUGACCCCGUGACUGUGAAUUGGAAUAACGACAACACUUCAUUUUGGCCUAUUGUGAACUUUGAAGCCAAAAGAUUGCCUCCAGGGGUGCUGACAUUUGUUCUGUUGAAACUGAAGCAUGAGCACAAGCCACCUGACUCAGAGGGUUGCUCAACCCACACAUUAACUCGAUCAAUAAAACGUCGAGGAUGGGUACAUUUGAAGCGGACACACAGGGUUAUGCAAAACUCAGUAGUUCUUGUUUAAGUGUUUGUUACAGAAUGCUGCAGGAGCAUUGGUCAACAGAGCUGUCAAUCAUGAUGUCACCUCUGCUCUUUGUAACUUAAAAUAAAAUAAAACGCACUUGUACAUAAACCAGCUUAACAAGACUGAACUAUAAUAAUGAGAACUGCGUUAAAUAAAGGAAAUAUUUAAAUUGCAUUUAAAGUCUUUAUAAUCUACACUCUUGCCAGUCACCAGGGGGAGCUUUAAAUCUUUUGGCUUCAAACUAGUUUCAAACUUAAGACGCCCCUUUUUUGAACAGUCAAUGGUCUGGUCUAUUAUUAGUGACAGUAAAAAAACAACAUCUAGACCUCGUGAAACCAGCAGGACUCAUUAUCACGGGGAGUGAAUAACAUGCAUGGACUCACAUCCACUUUGGGCUUCUGUAUAAUUUUGCUGCAUUCAGUGUUCCUUUUUUCAUUUGAUCAAAGAUAUUUUCCUUUUUCCUAAACCUAUGAUCUUAAUUUUUAUUGAAUGUUCUUUUUUCAUUAAGGUUAUUGAUCGUGAAGGAUUUGAAGAGUUUUAUCCAAGAAUGAUGAAGACAAAAUUUCAAGAUAAAAGAAGGCUAAUGAAAACAUGUACAGAGCAGAACAUAGAAGUGGAAAGGGAGGAAAUGUGACGGAAGACGGGUGUCAGAUAGAAGCGCUUGCAGUGUAAUGGCUAUAAUGAAACUGGUGUCAGUUUGGGUGAAGAGAUGAAAAACCUGGAAUCAGAAAAUGAGAAAACUGAAAAAAGAAGAACGAAGAAGGAUAGAAAUCCUGAGAGAAGGGAGUAGCGUGUAAAGAAUCUGGAAGAAUGAAUGUGUCCAUAGGUUAAGUAAAUACACUGUUUGUGUCACAAAUGUCUUUUUCUUAAAAGUGCAUGUUUUGUCUUUUACUCCGUAAUGACCCAGGUGGACAUGAAAAUAGACUUUUCAUUUACAUAUUAAAUAUGGCUAAUGAAUGUACACUAAAAAUUGAUUUAUUCAAAUGUUAAAGCUACUAACUCUUUCUUUCCAGUAUAUAAGCUGUGCUUUUUUAGACAGGUGUACUGUAUGUGUACAACAGCCUUCUCCACUACUCUGUUUUACUUUUUUCUGUGCAAAGAAGUAAAAGUGUCUGUCCAAGAGAAAGUUGUUAAUAUGCUGCCUUGACAAUAGGGGUCAUGCUCCCCAUCUAAAUCUGAUCGUGGGAGCCCAGAUCGAGUGAAGUCGGAGAGCAGGUCUGGCUCCCCGAGCCCUUCCAGAGCCUCCAAACGCUCUGAAUCCAGAUCCCGUUCUCGGUCAAGAUCUAGGUAUGUUUUAAUCUGUCAUCACAUAUUAUUUCACCUUUUUCAUCCCUUGUCUAGCAUUAACGUUGAUGCUUCUCCACCCAUGCUCUCUCUUUCUAGGUCUCGAUCUAGGAGGCACUCAGAUCGGCGCUAUAGCCGGUCACGUUCUGGUUCCUAUUCCUACCGAAGGAGGUCUCGCUCUCGUUCCUACAGCCCAGAAUACCGCCGCAAGAAGAGCCAGAGCAAUUCUCCUAUGUCAGCUCGGCGCCGUCAUACUGGCAGUAAGGUGAGUGUGAUGGUAGGGUGAAGUACCAAAAACCAGAGAAGGUUUUAUAGGAUUAAUUUUGGGAGUUUGUUGAGUUACAUAUUUCUGUUCCAAAUCAGUCAAGUUGUUUGUAUGUUGCAGGGAUGGGCGUAUGUAUCUAUCAAAAAUGUUAUUUACAGUCACUGGGUUCGUCUGUUUGGUUACCCCAACCGCACACGCGGAGUUAAAGAGAGAGAAAACCCAUUUCUUUUACGACGCGGCUGCUGGAUUUACUUAAAUUGUGACCACAUAAACCCUAUAAAACAUGGGGUAUAAUAAACUGCAUCUUCCCUCUAUACACAUGGACCAUUUAUCUUUUCAUACAACCCACAUGAUCAGGGUGAAGACAGCUGCGCAGUCUGUUUAUAAUAAGUCCUGCCACAGAAAACAGGAGCUAGCACACUUCUGUCUGCACAGUGAGUUUGACUCUGUCAGUCACAAACCUCAGGGUGCCUCGGGUCUAAGGAGCGUGCGACGUAUACCAUCUUGUGCACGCUGCUGAUGCCUGCAGGGUGAGGGCUCUUCUCACGACACAGUGUGAAAAACAUUUAAAACGAGUGAAGUACACAUAUGAACUCCUCCGUAACACUCCAGCUGUUAUCAGUUAAGUCGAGGGUUUUUGCAUGUGAUAGUUUGGUGAAAUCUCUAUCUGACUAGACAGCAGCUGAUGCCUUUCUUUGUUCAAAUACUCGCUGGAGCGUGCAGAAGUAGAAUUCCACCUUAUUAGACAGUAAUGCGCUAAUUUGUGUUUGGGCUCGCUCACUGAAGUUAUUGCUUUUGUUUCAGCGCUCGUGUUGCCAUUGUGUUUUCAGGGAAAUGAGAAAUCGGGCAACUAGAAGACCAGAUGGCUGAUGUGUAGCUUCAAUUGGUUUUUUUGCAACUUGGAGUAAAUGUGUAAAGCAAGUCUGGGAGUCCCAGUCAGGGUGUUUAGUGUUGGCUAGCACCAGUCUGCUGGAGUUAUCAUCCACAGAUGUUGUGACUUUUCCAUUUAGUCCACACUGCUCAGUGGCAGUGUUUGCUGUGUGAAUCAAACAUCAAGCUGACUUUGUGCAGCUAGCGGGGGAUUGUUGCUCUGUACAUGGACCAAUAGAGGUCUCGCUCUCCAUUGGCUGAACAUACUUUGACUUAUGAAGGAGAUGGGGCACUACUGCUUUAUUUGUUAUUUAAUGGCAGUUAGCAAACAGUUUUCAUGUUCACUACUGCCACCAUGUGGUGGUGUUACCACACUACAUCCCAGUGCUUGGGGGUGUAAAUCUCCCGAAACAAGAUGAUUGGGUUCAAUUGACCACAGUUUGAUUCAAGAAUUAUCAAUUAAAAUAAGAACAGUUUGGUUUGAUUCAGUUAGGUUCAAUAGGGCUUUUAAUAAACUGAGUCAUUAUCACACACUCAGGCCAAGUUGUCUCACUUAUAGAGAUAAUUGGGUGAAAAACAUGAAAAUGAAUCACUUACACAGAUAUCUUGGCUCCUCUGCAUACCUGUCUUUAUGGUUUAUGUUAAGUCUCUCUUGCACUUAAAACGAGGAAUUUGUUUUCCCAAGACUUGAUUUGUGAGGUUUUAGACAUCAAAAUCGCUCCCUGAGCUGAUAAAUACUCCCUGUUCAGGCAUUUACGCUUGUGCUCUCCUGAAAGGUGAAAGGUCAUCUGCAGAGUCUUGCAUAUUUGAGGUAUAACACGGACGUCAGUAAACCUAAUCGCAGCCUUGAAAGUGGUCCACCAACCUGGACAUUUUUACUGAUCCAUGGUGCCAGGGACUGGAACACUUGGAUGUUAAAUAUUGAUAUUAAUAGACGAUGCUGAUGACUUAAUCUUUGCACCUCUAACAAUAACAGAAACAUCAUGAUUUUGGGAAAUUAAUUGAUGAGUGUUUGAAUAUUUUAAGAAGAUGACCCAUCCCCAGUACGUGGUGUACAGUCUGUUUUUAAACAGUUUGAAUUAUAACUUUGUGAGGCUACAAAUAUUAUCCCAUAAGUUUUCAGGAUGUUGAUUUUAUUUGGGGGAAACUCCAGGAUCUCGAGUGUACAAAGUGACUUACGUGUUUGACAAAAUGUGCAUGAAACGUUGUUACAUUGAUCUAGUCAUAUCAUUGAAACCCAUUUAAAAGCAUUCAACAAUUUAUGUUACACUUUGUCCAAAGAGUGAGGGAAUUUCUCUUUCUUGUAAACAUGAGAAAGUUAUUUAUUUUUUUAACAAGUUUGUGAUUGAUGCUGUGGGAAACCACUGUGAAAUGACUUUUAAUAACCCCUUUUUAUUAACCCUCCCCUCCUUUCACUAUGUCAACAGAGCCAUGACUACACAAAAGAAGCAUACAGUCAUGGCGGUGAUGCUGAUGUAAGGGUACGUGGUCCUCCUGAAAUACUUUGGGGAAGAGUUCUGAAAUGUUUGUUUGUGGGUCAAAGGUGCUGCUCGUUUAUAACCAAAAUGUAAUUUUUCACUGAUUUUGCAUAUCUGGUCACCUAUCACCCAAAUUUCCUAGCACUGGUGCAAAGUUGGUGUAAGCGGUCAUAAAGAACUAUUUUCUGUAUCUAAAGAACUCUCUAUUAAUGAUAUAAAACUAACAUGCUAUGUUUUGAGAUGUGUGUAUAUGAACAGUUUUCAUUAAUAUCAAACUUAUACGGUGUGUUUUGCAGUUUAUGUAAGAUUAAUAUGUCUGAAAUCAGAGUUGCACCAACAGUGGAGGUAGGGCUGCUAUGAUAAAAAUGAAAAUAUAACUUUAUGUUUAUUUUUUAAAUGAGAAAACCAGAUUUGAUGCUUUGAGAUGCUUCCUUGUAGUCCCCCCUUACAGCUGCAUAAACAAAAAGCAUGUGGCUAAUCUUCAUCAGAGAUUGUAUUCCUCCCACACUGCUGACAUUUUCCCUUACGUUCUGUACCAGUGUGACUCUGACAUUUUUAAGAAUACCUCAAAGUUUUGACAAAACAGCUAUGAGGAAAUACUGCAACUCUUUCAAAAAAAUGAAUUUAAGAGUUAGAACUAUUCAUGAUUAGAGAUAAAUCUGGGAAGGUAGUCAGGAAUAAACCCGUUUACUUAAUAUCUGUCCUGUCUUUUGUCCACUGCUGCAAACAGAAACUCAAGGACAUUCAUGAAACAGCGGGAGGGGAAUGAAGUGAUUCUGUUUAUUGUAUUACUCUCCCGUCUUUUUGAAAGCUCUGUAAGGGGUUAUUAAAGCUGUCAUAGUUUACCCACUGAGCACAUGCUGUUUGACAGCUGAGUGUUUAGAGGCAAACAUUUGUUUCCCCAUCCAUAACAUGUUUAUAGAUUUUGACCUUCAUGUGCCAAUCUAGUGACUGGCUUAACCGCUGGGCAGUUAUAAGUCUGAGUCUCAGAGGAGACCCCCAUGCCUGAGUGCUGCCACCCCUCAUCAACAGUUAAAGUUAGUCAAAAGCAGCUAUAAGGAGUUUUUUUAUUUAUUUAAAUGAGGGUUUAUAUUAAAUAAACAGAUAUUUCCAUGGCUCAGUAUUGUUUUCUGUAUUUGAGUCCUGAAUAAACACACUCCUGGCUAUUUGCAUAGUGCAUGUAAUAUUAAAAAAGGAGAAGAAGCACAUUUUGCAUCCAGUAAAUAGAAUUUUAAACGUGACUCAUUAAACAGAUAGAUGCUGCAAGCCUCACCAUCAACCCUGACCCUUAUUGUUGACCGUUCCAGGCGAACCCUGACCCCAGCACAUGUUUGGGGGUGUUUGGUUUGAGCCUGUACACCACAGAGCGGGACCUGAGGGAGGUGUUUUCACGGUACGGUCCUCUGGCAGGGGUCAAUGUGGUGUACGACCAGCGCACAGGACGCUCCCGGGGCUUCGCCUUUGUUUACUUUGAGAGACUGGAGGACUCUAAGGAGGUAAGGGCAGUGAUGUCGGUGUUUAAAACUGAUUUCUUUUUUGUCCCCAUGCAUCUAUCAUCAUGUUUGUAAGAUAAAAAUAUGAAUGAAGAUGAAACAAGCAGGUAUGCUGUUAACUGCACUCAUCCUUUGCUUUAGAGCGUAUAUUCUUUGAUUGAAUAGCAGUAGGAAUAGGCGUUUCAGUGGGCCCAGAGCACCUGGAAGAUCAGGCAUUUCUGUAAUACUAAAUAUUUAGUCAAGUAAUUAACGUAAAUCGAACAUUUAAUGAAAAUCAAACUUCAGACGAAGGAUCCAGAUGAAAGAGGGAAAAUAAAUGCAAGGAUAAGAUCAUGUAACAGCACUAGAAACAUCAUUUUUCUUUCAUUUACUGGCUCUAAAAGCUGCUGUCACUCACUUUGUUUUCAUACCGUCCACCAGAGAGUCCAAAAGUCCAAACUUUUCCCCUCAUUAUUUCAAAGGAAAGCGUGAUUGCACAAAUCCACCACUAGGUGUCUGCCUCGCCACAAACGUAUCCCAAAGCAAGAAGUGUGCGAUGUAGGUGGGCCUUUGUGAAUCAAAUGCUGUUUAUCAAAAAGCCUUUAAUAGUGUGAUAACAUGUUUUUGUAGGCAAUGGAGCGAGCCAACGGCAUGGAGCUGGAUGGGAGGCGAAUCCGAGUGGAUUAUUCCAUCACCAAACGUCCACACACACCAACGCCCGGGAUCUACAUGGGGAGACCAACUCAGUAAUAUCAACACUAGAGCUCAAGUUUUGACUUUUUCAACUAAACGUGUCUUAAUACACGAUAUGUUUGAAACCACCUAAAAAUCCGCCUUUUCUCAUUCCUACAGUAACGGCGGUGGUGGUGGUGGGGGUGGCGGCAGCAGCAGGAGGGGGAGAGACUCCUACUAUGAUCGAGGCUGUGACCGCUAUGACAGAUAUGAUGAGUAUGAUUACAGGUAUAGGUGAGUAUACGUUUGUGCUCAUGAAGUCUCUGGGAGUUUUGAGGAUGCCUUACAUUUUCUUGUCUCGGCAGUCGAAGACGAUCUCCCUCACCUUACUACAGUCGAUACAGGUCCCGCUCACGGUCUCGCUCCUACAGCCCACGUAAGUUUGAAGAGAGAUGCUAACCUGCCUAACUGAAUCUGCUGAAUCAUCAUUAAACACAAAGCAGACUGAUGUUACUGUGCUUUAUCAAACACGUGUAUUAACCUGUUUAUUUUUUUAUUGUAACUAAUGUCCUGUUUUCUCCCUGCAGGGCGAUACUAAAAUGCUCCUUUUGGUGUUCAGCUUCUCUCCAAUAACCGAAGUGUGUGAUCCAUUAAAGUGUUGAAGGCAUUUUCACUGAGCAUGUCCAUCAACCCACCUCUUAAGUUUGAGAAAGCUCUUGUUUACAUGCAGUAGAUGUCUUAAUUUUUCAUGUUCUGAUGCAUCUGCGUUGAGUACGAGCGAAGAACCCCGACAGCUGUUGAUCACUGUUCAACCUGCAUCCUCCUCCUUCAUUUAUGACUUUUUUCUCUCAUGCGACAUAUAAUUAACGUCACUGCUGUAAUCACUGUUGGCAUGCACAUCAACUUUAGUAAAUAGUUUGAUAAUAGUGAGUUGAGUGAUCAUCUGAAGAAAAGAAACAGGACUUCUGAGAUUAAAGUUACGCAUAAAAAAAUGUUUGUUUUUUUUCACUUCGCUUUGGUGUGUUUACUACAGCCAUACAAUCCCCAAUUAGGGCAAGAAAACACACCUGUGCUUGUACUCCACUGUUUACACAUGUUCUUUUUAGAUCAGUGGAGUGGGUGUCUGAAUACUCGAGCAGACACCCACUAAGGUAGUUAAGUGAGCCCAUACUGGCUGGUUUAUUCUCAAUUAAGUUCUGCUAAAUGCUAAAUCUGUUUCAGUUCAGUGCCCCGGGUUGCUCUGCUAUUUUACAACCUUCUUUCUGUAACACGUGUCCUUAGAGAAACAGCUCUUGAGGCAUUUUUUGUACACAAGUGUUUAUCUAAUAGGAAGUGGGUAGCAAAAGCAGGAUUUUGCGGCCUAAUUUUUUAAUCAUUUUUCACGUGGCUUGAUCAAAAAGGUCCAUCUGUAGUCAUCUUUCCCUGUGAUAACAGUCACAGUGAGACCGUAAAAUCCAACACUGCAAAAUGACGUGAUGCUGCCCCUUGUUGUGUUCAAAGACAGAAAAGCUGGGGAUUUUUAAAAUAACAUUAAUCUCUGUUUUGAGGACAUUUUUAUGAGUGUUUAAUACAAGUACUUGGUGAUGAAUAAUCUGAGUUGUGUUUGUUUUUAUAGCCUCUCAUUAUUUUUAUUUUUUUUUAUAAUCUGGUGCUACUAAGGAGUCUCGAUACUAUCUUGUCUAUUUUGGGAAAAAACACCAUGUCUUAGCGAAAACCUGUCACACAAUCCCUGUUGAACAAUCCAGAAUAUACUCUUAAAUAACACAUAAUCCCAGUUUAAUCCAGCACUGACUGCAUUUACUAGUAUGUAGCAACUUGGGCUGUAAAAAAACAAGUGUUUCCACCAUCAGGUGUCAAUUCCCUGCUCACGUUCAGUCACUUUUUCUGCGUCGAAGGAGUCAAAUUUGUGUUUCUCUGGAGAGUUUUAUGAUCAUGUUUGACUUUUGUAUGGUUUCUUUCUUUCUAUGGCAAUACAAAUACAUGAAAACUCUAAA